ACAAAUCUCGGACAGGUCAUUCUGAUCAUUUCUAGCUACUUUUGGCGAACAGUGAUUUUUUACGCCUUCCCCCCAAAGAACCAAAAAAUUGAAAGUGACUAUUAACCAACUAUUUGGUUGGAAAGUCGACUAAAAGCCGACUAUUUCAAAUAAUAAAUCAACUUAAAUAGUCGACUAUUUUAAGGUUCAAAACCGACUUUUUUGCCCAUCCAUAAGCAUCGGAUAUCUUGUGAGUGAGAGAGACCGAUUCCUCGGCAAAGAUGGUUUCGCGGUGUCAACAUUUUGGUGAUAAGCAGCCGCUAAUUGCAGCAGUAAUGAGAGUCAGCAUCAGCAGUUGGGCCGCGAUAGGGGUGGCUAGCGCGAGUGGCGGGGGUGCUGACGUCACUCUCGGGGAGGCCGCCCUCGGACCUGGAAGCGAACGCCUCGGAUACGGAGCCAGUUCAGCGGCGCUGCUGGAGGCUGUGCGUCUUGUUGGCCUACACGCGUGUCCAGCAGCAGGCCGACCGCCUCCACCGCCGAGCAGCCGCCUCCGACAGUUUGAGCGCGGACAUGACGAUCUCGGACCGCCAGCCUGCCGAGUGGUGAUCGUCGGCAAGAAAAUGUUUCUAGAAAAUACGGCGUCGCUCAACGAGCAGCUGUUGGGAGAGAGCCGAGGACGCUUCGGCACGUUGAAGGAAACCCUGCUGGCCUCGCCCACAGGUUUCAGCAGCUCAAGUCGGGCAUCACGAAACUGACGAUGUAUGAGCACUUCACCUUCAGAUGCAACAAAAGUUGCAAGCCAAAGUUUCAAAAACGGUUUUGUGCGCAUCCUGCAAGGGUGGAAAGGUGACUCUGCGUCGAACGGCUCUCACCCUUCAGGCCCGAACAUCACAAUUCCAACCCCCUCUUGGCCUCCCCGACUCCUCCUCCCAUGUCACUGUUGCGUCUCGUGGCCAUCAAGGACAAUUCCCCUGACGGCGGUCGUCGCAACUUUUGCGAGAAGGACAACUUCGACUUGAGCCGUCAGUGCGAUACCUGUGUUGACUCGCAGUACAGUUGCACCUCCGUUGUUUUUUUUCUUCGGCUUUUCACCCAAUUUUUAACCUUGGACAUGAUUUGAGAGAAUAUACUAAAAAUUUUAACUAUUAUUAAAAUGACAUGCAUGUACAUAAUAUUAUUAAAAUAACACGAGCAACAUUUUUUUUUUAUUUUUCCAAUACCUGCCAAAAAUUCGGUGACCAUUAUCAUCCCCAAAAUUAAACUUUUCACUGAAAAAAUCAUAAAAUUGCUUAAAAGUGACCUUGACUCAUUGACAUUAAAAAGGCACUGUAAAAAGCAUAUGACCUUUGGGAAGCAGCUCAGUAGCGCUUCUCAUUCAAAUGUAAAAGACUAUAAUACCAGCAUGAAAAAUAAUAAAAUAUAUUGUUCA